AUGUCUGCAAGCCCGACUCCCUCUGGCGGUGCCGAUACAAAGCCCGCUGAUCAGAUUCACUUCCGCUUCUGUCGCGAGUGCUCCAACCUGCUCUACCCCAAGGAGGACCGCGUCACCAACCAACUCAUGUUCACCUGCCGCACCUGCCACGUCGGCGAGCCCGCCACCUCCCACUGCGUCUACCAGAACAAGCUCAACAGCCAGGUUGGAGAUACUGCCGGUGUCACCCAGGAUGUUGCCUCGGACCCCACGGUUUGUGCCCCCGAGCCCAUUCUUGGCUUCCUUAGCAUCCCCGGCUUCUGCACCUGCUGUGGCAAGGAGAUCUCCUGUGAGACCUGCGGCCGCGCAUACUAUGCGGUCCCCAAGGAUUAUCAUGAUGGAAACCUGAGCCCAGUCUCAGAUGCGACCAGCCAUCUUCCCCGAGCGAAUAAGCUUUGCCCGAGCUGCGGUGAGAACGAAGCCGUCUUCUUCCAGUCUCAGCAACGUUCUGCUGAGAGUGGAAUGAAACUCUACUACGUGUGCUGCGCAUGUGGUAACGUUUACGUGUGA